AAGAUUAAGAGAAGAGUUUGUAGUCCCAUAUCAUUUCUUGUAAACCUCUCUCUCUCUCUCUCUCUCUCUCUCACACACACAAAGGAUUCAUGGAAGCUGCUCACCUCCUCCUCCUUCUUGUUGUUUGUGAUUACCAAGUAGUAGUACGUGCAAGAGGUGAUGAGUCACCAUCGUCGUGCGAUUUCUUCAAAGGUAGAUGGGUUCUGGACCAGUCCUACCCGCUCUACGAUCCUUCCUCAUGCCCCUUCAUUGAGCGCGAGUUUAGCUGCCAAAAGAAUGGCCGUCCCGAUCAGAUUCACACCAAAUACAGAUGGCAACCACUUGACUGUGAUUUAGCAAGAUUUGACGCACUUGACUUCUUCGAAAGAUUUAGAGGGAAGAACAUCAUUUUCGUUGGAGAUUCAUUGAGCCGAAAUCAAUGGCAGUCCUUGACAUGCAUACUUCACUCUGCUGUACCAACUGCUAAUUAUAAUGUGACAAGAGUAGACACUGUAUCUAUCUUCGAAUUCACGGAUUAUGGAAUUAGAGUGAUGCUAGACAGUAAUAUGUAUCUAGUAGAUAUUGUAAAAGAAAAGAUUGGGAGGGUCUUGAAGCUUGAUUCAAUUGUGGGAGGCAACUUAUGGAAGGAUAUUGACAUGCUCAUCUUUAACACUUGGCAUUGGUGGAAUCGCAGAGGGCCCUCUCAACCAUGGGAUUAUGUUGAAGUAGGAGGCCAGACGAGCAAAGACAUUGACCGCAUGCUUGCUUUUCAGAAGGCGCUCGAGACUUGGGCUGGAUGGGUGGAUUCAAACAUUGAUCCAGCAAAGUCUAGGGUUUUCUUCCAAGGAAUUUCUCCCUCUCAUUACAAUGGCAGUGAAUGGCAUGAACCAAGUGCAAAAAGUUGUGUCGGGCAGAAGGAGCCUUUGCUUGGGCCCUAUCCAGGAGCUUCGCCACCAGCUUUGGGUGUGCUGAAGAAUGUGUUAAGCACUAUCAAAAAGCCAGUGACAUUGCUCGAUAUAACAAACCUCUCGCUCCUGCGUAAAGAUGGACAUCCUUCAAUUUAUGGGUUGGGAGGCCGCACGGGAAUGGAUUGUACUCAUUGGUGUCUCUGUGGAGUCCCAGAUACUUGGAAUGAGAUUCUCUACAAUUUUUUUCUUUGAAUACCAUCAAAAGGAUGGAGAUUUGACAACUUCUUACAAAGAAAUAAUACUCAAAUGAACAUAAAUAUUCAUCAUCAAUUGAAAGAAGCUACACAGCAAGAAAAGGCAAAAGAAAAUGGCCAAGGAAGAAUUUGCGUCAAGUUCAUUUCCCAGGUGGCUUGAUUUAGCAUGUUCAUUCAUAUCUUAAUUUCUCUGCCAAUAAUUAGCUAGGGGAAAUAUGUUGCUUAGCGUUGGCUUAUUUGCUUAUGUUCUUCUAAUAAAUUUAUGCCUUCAUGAAGGCCAAUUACUGUGCAAAAGUAGUUAUCACCAGCUGCGAUUUGUAAAGAACGGAGUUUAGGGUUUAUGAUUAUACCUAUCCACUCUA